AUGUGGAAUUAUUUUUCUGUGGUGGACGAACUUGCCAAAAAGGCGGAAUGUUCCUAUUGUAAAAAGACUCUGUCGUUUAAAACUACUAUUUCUAAUUUAAAAAACCAUUUGAAACAAAAGCAUUUAAUAGUUUAUGAAGAAAUUUGCAGGAAAGAAAAUGAGAACGGUACUAGAAUUGCUGACUCCGGUGCUCUUGCUGGUGUGGAUCCUGGUUGUGCUGGUGGUGGUGGAAUCGGUGGUGGUGGUGAUGGUAUUGCUGGUGGUGAUGGUAUUGCUGAUGGUGAUGGUAUUGCUGGUGACCCUAGAUUUAAACAUUUCGCGUUAGACAAUGAAACAUUGCAAUCUACUAAAACGUACAUUAUAGAUGAGAUUUGUAGUAUUAUUAGCGAAGAUGAACCUCAACACCAUCCAGAAAGCAGUACUCCUGCACUUUCUCUAUGGAAUAUAAUAGAGCAAAAAAUAUCAACAUCUCAACAACCUCGCUCCACUUUUACUAAAAUAAUCCAUUCACAACCAAAUUCAUCCGCUGUAACACAACUUCAGCAGCAGCCGAUAGCAGAAGAUACUAUUUGGCUUAUAGAAAGUCCAAAUGCUAUAGCAGCAAAUUCGGAACCAGUCAUUCCACCUCAGCCUGACAGACACAAACUGAAUACAAUUACGGAAAACCAAAACAAAAUCAUGGAUAUGCAAAAUAAAUUUUCCUACAGAUUGAGCAACUUCAUAAUUGAAAUAGAAACAACAAUUGAAAAAGCCAUUACAAGAACAAUAAGUCGCCAUCUUGAUCAAUCUGUUGUCAAUUUAGGAGAUGCCAGAAAUGCAGCUGUAAAUUCUUCUUUCAAGCUAAAACCAAUCGACAGCAUUAAUGAUUUAGAGAACUUAGAAUUACUUUUAUUGGAUCCAGUAGAAAGAAACAAACUGAUGAAAAUGUAUUCCGUAGUGUGCACUACUGCAGAGAGACAUGGGAUAACAUGGGAAAAUCUAUUAUUCACAAGAGAAUUUUUAUGCAAAUGUUCAUGCUCAUGUGAACGUGAUGAUAAUAUAAUUGAGAUCCAGCCUACUCAGGUUAAAAAAUCUAAAUCAGCGGUCCAAACUAUCUUGAAUUAUACAAAGCAAAAGCAGGAGACCCUUGGCGAAAUCAUAUCACGCCUAGCCGCAAAAGAUGGGCUAUCGAUACGGCAAAUCACAAGAAGCGACUUUAUACGAGACUCAAUUCAGCACAAAGGCUUCAAAUUACCCAGCAAUGAGUCUGAUGUUAUGAAGCUAAUAUUAAAUUAUUAUGCUGAGAAGAAACAAGAAACCAUUGAUUCUUUUCGCGAGUUAAGAAAGCUUAAGGAUGGUCAUGCGGCUAGAUUCAGUCUGAGUAUUGAUGAAUGGACGAGUUUGAGAAACCGUAGAUAUUUUAAUAUUUGCGUGCAUCACACAGGCGGAAAAUUCUACAACUUGGGGCUCGUAUUGAUUCCUGGAAGAUGUGGUGCCAAUGAAACAAGAGAAAUCAUCGAAAAACGUCUGGAGGAGUUCGGUCUGAGUUUCGAACAUGACGUUGUGGCUGUAACUUCUGACGGACCAAACGUCAUGAUCAAAUUCGGACGUGAAAGCCCCACGGAGAUGGUUCUUUGCAACAACCACGCUAUUCACCUGUCGGUUGUGGCCACAUUCUGCAAUGACGACGAAGAAAAACAAAAUGUUCCUUCCAACAGCAGGAUGAGAGUAGAUCAUGGACAUGAAUCAGAAUCAGAAGAAAGCGACGAUGAUGAUGACUGCGAAGACGAAUCUGAUGAGACGACAGAUAUGCAAAUGCAAUAUUCUCAGAAUAUCCAUAAAGCACUGAAAGAUACAAGGGUACUGGUUAAACUAUUCCGUAAAAGUCCCUUAAAAAACAUAACCUUGCAAAAGUAUGUUAAAGAAGAGAUGGGCCACGAGCUUAAUUUAAUUCUAGAUGUACGAACAAGAUGGAACUCAAUGAUGGAAAUGAUUGAAAGGUUUUUAAAACUGAAGAAUCCUUUGAAGAAGGCUUUGAUUGACCUAAACAUGAUGUCGAAAUGGCACGAAGAAAACAUCAGUGUCUUGCAAUUACUGCUAGACGUACUACACCCAGUAAAGCUAUCAGUAGAAGCACUUUCCCGAAAAGACGCGACGAUCCUGACUUCUGAAGCUAUUCUGAACGUGCUGAUUCAGAAAUUACAGUCCAUGGAAACGGAAAAUAACUUGGCCAAUCGGUUUCUCGAAAAUCUCAACACCAAGAUAGAAGGCAGGCGUAACGUGAAUUUAAUUUCACUGAUCAAGUAUUUGCACGAUCCCUCAGCAUAUACAAGCGUCAAUAACAUCAGUAAAACGGCUUUGAUAAGCUUUACCGAAGGAUUAUACAACCGACUGUUUUCGAGCAGUUCAGAAGCAGCCACAGACUGUGAAAACGAGACUGGUGAUGGUGAAGUAGAUAGUCGUUCGUUUGAUGCAAUGCUCCAAAAAGCCAUUCAAAAAGUUGACAGCGCUCCUGUGGAACGUUCAAAUGCUCAAAUAACGAGAAAUAUCAUCAAGAAAGAGUUCAGCAUAUUGGAGUCUACAGGAAAACGAACACCUAACCUGGAGAAUUUAUUCCAAGCGUUGCUGACAGUGAAGCCGACCUCAACUGAAAAUGAGAGAGUUUUCAGUUUAGCCGGCAACAUAGUAACCAAAAUAAGAAACAGACUGUCAGACGAGUCCAUCAAUGCUCUGGUUUUCCUAAAAGCGUAUUUCCUAAGAUAA